UAACAUUUCAUCAGAAAAAUAAUAGACACUGUAACAAAAUACACAGAGCAAAGAAAAGAGAGCAGCCAUGGAUUUCUCUCUCUUAUCAGAGGCCUUGAACUCCAAAUCGUAUGAAAAGGUCGCCGAUAUCUGUGACGAACACAUGCUUCAGGUCGCAGCCGAGGGCGUUGCUUUUCAGGACGACUGGCCCUACGCCAUUCAUCUUCUCGGUCACAUUUACGCUGGUGAUAUUAAUAGCAUGCGGUUUCUUUGGAAAUCAAUGCCUGCCACAGUCAAAGAGGGUAAUCCAGAAGUCAUUGCUGCUUGGAAAAUUGGCCAGAAAUUGUGGGUGCGAGACUAUGGGGGUGUGUAUGAAGCUAUUCGUGGAUAUGACUGGAGUCAGGAAGCUCAAGGUCUAGUUGCAGCCUUUUCAGAUCUUUACACAAAGAAUAUGUUUCAGCUCCUGCAGUCUGCCUAUUCUACAAUAAGCAUCCAAGAUACAGCUCUCUUCCUUGGAAUGAGCGAGGAUGAUGCCACAACUUUUGUACAACAGCAAGGUUGGGCUGUGGACCCUGCUUCUCAAAUGCUUACUGUGAAGAAGCAGCCCAUUGUUACUGAGCAGAAACUGGAUGCCAGAAAAUUGCAGAACUUGACAGAAUAUGUAUUCCAUCUAGAGCAUUGAAGGCGCUUUCAAGAACCUGAAGCUGUGAAUUGUCUUUUUAAUCAGCUGCAACUUAGAUCAUGGUUUAGAAGAGUAAACAGGAUCUCAGAUUUUGUAUUUACGCAAGACACUUCGGUUCCGAAAAAGUAAAUUGCACAAACAAGUUGAGAACAUCGUCAUGUUAUCUUUGUGUAGCCAAACCCUGAUUGCAUGCAUCCCUUACAAGUUCCAGUCUUAUUGUAGUCUAGAGGGGAGGAAACCUGUUUUAGCAAGUAAAGAUAUGUUCUUCUAAUUGCCUUGUUUUCGUGUA